UUUUAAUGUCUUUCAACUUGGACCCCUUUUUCGCAAGCCCCUGCGAAUCGAUGACGUCAGACGUCGGGAAGGUAGCAUUGUGUAAACCCUGCGGAGUGGUGCAAUUUGUGGGCACGCGAAACGUCAUUGGUUGACCACAUCCCUGCCAGAGUUGAAGUUCCACUCGGCCGCUUUCCACUGAAGCGCAUAAUCUCGCGGAAAUGCAAUUUCCCCCCGAAAAAAUCAAAAUCAAUGGCUAUAUAAAUAGACGUUAUAGAUAAGUCGCCGGCGGUUGAUAAAAAGAGAGAUAUGAAGAAGCGACGCAUAACCAGCACAGCUGGAGAUGCCAACGGAUUCGGCGUUGGACCAAAAGCACGGACUUCAACUCGCUGGCGCUUCCGCAUUGCGUUGCGAAGAGAGGCACGCGUCGGCCAGGCGGUGCGGCAACUCAAAGAUUUGUUGCCACUGGUGGCGCUAAUUGCUGGAUGCGGAAUGAUCGGGGCAUGCGCAGCGGUUGGCUACUCAUAUGCGCGAUUCGAGGGUCCGGUGGUGGGGCCGGAGCAUCUGGUCACCGUCCACGACGGACGCACCGUGGACUAUGUGGCCCGUCCCGAGUACAGCUUCGCCUAUGGAGUCGAGGAUGGCAAGACGCGCGUGCUGCAGAAUCGCAAGGAGACGCGCAACGGGGACGAGGUGAGAGGAGUGUACAGCGUAGUCGAUCCGGAUGGCACCUUGCGUGUGGUUAAAUACACGGCCGACGAUGCCAACGGCUUCCAAGCCGAGGUCAUUACCAACGGUGUGAAGACUCUGCACGGCCACGGAUCGGACGGGGAUGCGGGUGGCGGGUCCGUGGACAGCCAGGUGAGGCACCACAGCGCCGAGGAUGAUGAGGAGGAGGAUGAGCGGGAGCGGGAGCGGGCACCGCAUCAGGAAAAAGGCCAGUACCAAGUGCACGAGGAUUACGAUGAGGGAAAGGACGAGCAGGCGGAGGAGGACGAGGAGGGUGGGGGUCACCAGGAGUACGAGGGCAGCAGCGAGGAAGGAUAUGACGAGGCAGAUGCUCACAGUCAGCAGGAGGAGUCCAGUGGCGAGGACUACUAG